AUGAACCGCAAAAGGAGUACAAUCUGGAACCACUUCUCAAUUAAGUCAGAUACUCAAGCUAAAUGUAGCUAUUGUAUGCAGGUUAUAAAGUACACAGGUGGAUCUACAGGUAAUCUUUUAAGGCAUUUAAAAUCCAAACAUGUUACUAUACAACUAACAAGAAAUAGUUUAAAUAACAUAGAAGAAUCGGUUAAUCAAAUAGAGGUUAGCGUAGAUAAUCCUAAUGAAAUUGCAGAACCUGUAGAUAUAAUGCAAUCAACUUCGUCAUCGAUCCGUAUAGCUCCAUCCACUUUGUCAUCAAUCGGUAUAGCUCCAUCCACUUCGUCAUUAAUCUGUAUAGCUCCAUCCACUUCGUCCAGACAAGGAAAUAUAACUAACUAUAUAACAAAACCACUAUCUAUAUCCAAAUCAAAAGCUAUUGAUCAGCAAAUAACAAAAUGUAUAGUUAAGCAUUACCAUCCAUUUUCUUUGGUUGAAGAAACUGAAUUUCGCAAUUUAAUUCGUAUGCUUGCUCCAAAUUAUUCGAUACCGUCUAGAAAAACAGUCUCUAAUAAUUUACUUUUACAAGUGUAUAAUGAUACCUUUCAAAAAGUUUCAAAGGAUGUACAGGAUGCUUCUUCGGUAGCAUUGACUACCGAUGGUUGGACAUCAAUAAAUAAUACAAGUUUCAUAGCUAUAUUAGCACAUUUUAUUAACUCAGAAACAAAAUUAUGUUCUCGUCUCUUAGGUUGUAUUAAUUUUAAUGAGAAACAUACAGCUACUGAAUUAUCUGUGUUUUUAAAAGAUGUUGUUCGAGAAUGGAAAUUAGAAAAUAAGAUAUCUGCUGUCGUAACAGAUAAUGCUUCUAAUAUAAAAGCAGCAAUUCGACAAACAAAUUGGAGACAUGUUUCAUGUUUUGCCCAUGUUUUGAAUAUUGGUAUACAAAAUGGACUCUUACAAUUACAGACAGUUAUGAAAAAAAUUAAAGAUAUAGUGGAAUAUUUUAAAAGGAGCUCCAGCGCUCUUUUAAAACUUGAAAGUGUACAAAAACAAACAGGAGUAGAACAUUUAAAACUUAUACAAGAGUGUAAGACACGUUGGAACUCUGCAUACCAUAUGAUGUCUAGAAUAUUAAAAAUUAAGGAAUCAGUGCUCUCUACUUUGGCAAUCAUGAAUAAUGAUUUAAAUUGUAUAAAUAAUCAAGAAUGGGAACUAAUUGAUUCAGCAUGUAAUUUACUUGGUAUUUUCAACAAUGUAACAGAGGAAAUGAAAGAUUAUGAAAUUCAAGGACAAUCAAUAAUUCUAGACCCAAGAUUUAAAAAAUUUGGUUUUGCAAGUGAAACUAAAUUUCAAAUUUUAAAAACAAGUUUACAGCAAAAAUUACAAGCCUUAAAUGUUGAAAAUGAAUUAUUAGUACCAAACGAAUCAAAUGAACAAACAGCGAUUGAAAUGCCAUCAACCAGUACUUCAGAUAUUUGGAAGAGUUUUGAUGAACGAAGAAGUUUGUGUGUGCCAGCGACGUCAGUACCUAGUGAACGGGUAUUUUCUAAAGCUGGGCAAGUGUUGACACAACGUCGAAGUAGACUAACAACUUCAAAAGUUGAAAAGCUUAUUUUUGUGCAAGCUAAUUUAUAA